AUGUCUUCCAACGUCGGACUCUCUACGCCACGCGGCAGUGGUACCUCUGGCUAUGUCCAGCGCAACCUCUCCCACCUCAAGCCGCGCGACGCCGCUGCGCCCUACACCAAGGACCACGAUCUUCUCAGACAUCGCCAGCGCCAACCCGACAAGGAAAUUCUCGAACACGACCGCAAGCGCGAGAUUGAAGUCAAGGUCUUUGAGUUGCGCGACAAGCUCGAGGAGGAAGAGUACGCACGCUUACAGAAUGCUUCUAACCAAGCACGCAAUGCUAACGCACGAACAGGGNUCGACGAAGACGACAUCGAGGACCAGUGCACCGCCCUACGCAAGAAGCUUCAAGCCGAACAAUCAAGCAAAAACUCCACUACAAACGCAAGAGGUCUCAAGUCACACCAAGUCCACGAGCUAGCCAAAGCAAAGAUUGAGGAAAGCGAGAAACUCAGACGCGCUUUCGGCAUCAGCAAAGACUACGAAGAAGGCAGCCACUGGAAGAAGCAGGAGGAAAAGGCUCGACAAAUUCAGGAUCGCCAAGCAGAGGAAUCGAGAAGGGCAAAAGAAGAGGAUGAUUAUUCCGACUAA